AGAUGAAUAAUCUAAUUCCGACCAUUCAUAUGUAAGAUUGAGACACUGCUAGUGACGCCCCCUUUGGCACACAUCGUGUGCUCCACUAACCCAAAAACCAGAAAUGUCCAAAACCAGAUUCAUAAACUAAAAUGUUCGUGGAGCUUCCCUCUAUCUUUUAAUGCGCCCAAGAAACCCUCCUCCGCUCCCAUUUCCUCGAAGAGAUUGAUCUUGAAUUGGCGUUUUCCUGAUCAAAAAAGAAAAAUAGGAUCGCGAGACCGAGGCGUAACCAGAUUGAACCGGCAGGUCAGAUCCGGUCCACUAAUGUAGUGCCUCGCACAUCUUUUCUAUAAGUGGACAUUCACGGGGUUAAUCAACUGACAGCUUAUCAGUGGCUUGGACAGUGACGGUUUCUUCAUCUUCGUCGAGCUUAUUAAAAGAACAAGGGUGGUUUCUGAAUUCUUAACUCUGCUUCGCGGCGGCAGUAGUGGUUGUAGCAGUUCGUGACAGGACGAAAUCUAGCUCCACACUUAAUCAUUGAUAGGUUGCAGUGCCAUGUUUUUCUUCUGAGUUAGGUAUCUGAGCUGUUCUUAUACGUCAUCAAUCGAGCUUCCAGGUUUGUGUUCUGGGUAUUUGUCUUUUCGGGGGAGAUGGGGAAGAUGGUGAGUUUUGGCAAGAUUUUGGAGUGUUUCAGCCUCUCUUCACCCGGUGGGUCAUGCUCUUGUUUCUGCAUGAGCUCCACGGAUGAUCAAUUGGAAGUCCAUGGCCAGGACAUUGAGAGCAAGCCGCUGAUCACAAGCGACAACAAGCAGAUGACGAGGCUCAAGGACUUGAUUGGUGGGACUCAUCAGACUCUGGCGUUUCAGCUGAAGCCCAAGGUGGUGACUUUGAGGGUGGCCAUCCAUUGCCAUGGGUGUGCAAGAAGAGUGGAGAAGCAUAUCUCAAAGAUGGAUGGAGUGACCUCUUACAAAAUAGACCUAGACAGCAAGAUGGUGGUGGUGAUUGGAGAUAUAAUCCCUUUCGAAGUUCUUGAAAGUGUCUCCAAGGUCAAGUAUGCAGAGUUAUGGAGUGCCGAAACUGAAAGCUAACAGCAGAAAAUGAUGGAAAAAAAAUCAAGCGCUCCAAUAGAUUCACCCAUUCGCGGCUGAGAUCUUCAGAGAGCUUUAGCUCCACAACAAAGAAAAAAGAGAUCUUUACAAGCGAUCAUGGACGAAUAUUACAGUUGGAAUGAGCACAAACAGGUAUCGGAGGAAUGUGGCAGCAGAGCAAGUAGGGCGCUCCCUCGGUAAUCCAAGCUGCUCCAAUCUUUUCAUGUGGCUUUAUGUUCUUGUGUUCGGUAUUGUACUGAUGUAAAUAAACAAUGAUCGGCAAGAUUGAUUGCUCUAUCA